AUGCGUCUUUUGAGAUAUCUUCUGAUGGAUCGAUUGGCGAACUUAUUCGAUUUGCGUAAAGACUUUGACGAAAGAAAAAUGACAUCCGAUCAUACGAAACAAUCGCUUUGUUUGCUAAUGGCUGCAAAAAGUUUAAUAAAAUCAGUGCCAAUUUCAAUCGAGAAAUUUCAAAGUGCAACAUUGAAGUUCAUUAUAACACUCCUUCAAAAGCACGAAAUUCACGAAAAGUUGGUGCUACGUGAAGUGUGGACUAUUCUGAUUGAUGUUGCUAGACACGGCAGUUGUGACAGCAAGUAUACGAAUUUCCUCAAGAAAGCUACUUUAUAUAUUGUUGCGACCAUUGGCGGUGAUGAUCCUAUGGUACGUACUUGA